UCGGUUGAGCGAGCCAAGAGGCGUUUCUCAGCUCGACUGGCUCACUGAUAUCUUUCCCGGACCUCACUAUAGCGAUCAAUUUACACCCCGGCGCGAAACAACUCUCCAUUUCUAUGGUGUCCAGGGGAAAGGUACCAACACUGAGUAUCGUUGCACACCUGAGGCCAAAGAGAGCUUCUUGAACUCGCUCCGGCGGUUUAUGUUCCAGUCCACCAUGGGAGGCCAUAUCUACUUGCCAGGAAAAUUAAAGAAGCCAGUGCGCGAGAUGGCCGUGAUUUGCUUUCAGGAGAAACGCUUCACUUUCCACUCAGAAGAUAUCAGACAUGGCCAAAAUCCACGACUGACUGGUCCCAACAGCUGGAGGGCUUAGAUAUCCAUGCGUGGAUGGAUAUUUAUAUGGCCCUCAGUGUAAGUCGAGAUGG